AUGCCUUCUCCGCGACGAAUGCGCCUCCUCAUGGUGGCGGUCGUCAUCACGGUCGUCGUCAUGCUAUUCUACAGCUCGGGCAUGGAGCCAGAAGCCGACGCUGCCCUCAAGGGCUUCUACGAAAAAACAAAGGAGGCCAUGGAGCGAGGGACAGCUCGUGGGCAAGCAGUCAUCAAUUCCCAGACGGGCGCGAAGGCGGGGCAUAUACCCGCUGACAAGGACGGCGACGGCGACAUUGACGAUGAUGACAAGGUAGCUUCACAGGAGCUUCAAGAGCGGCUGCAGGCCGUUGCGCAGGAGGCAAAAGACAAGGCCAACGAGAAGAGCCCGAAGCCAGAUAUCCCCAGCAAGAUCGUUGGCGUGGGCAGCUCAGCCGAGGGACAGGAGAAGAAGGGCCAAACGACGAAGGAGGAGACAAAGGAAGAGCAUGAGGCCGAGGUCGAGAUUAACAGCAUCUUGAAGAAGUCACCCGUCAUCAUCUUCUCCAAGAGCUACUGCCCCUAUUCGAAGCGUGCCAAGGGCAUCCUUCUGGAGAAGUACAGCAUCACUCCAGAGCCCUUUGUCGUCGAGCUGGACGAGCACCCGCUCGGUCCUCAUCUCCAGGACUAUCUCCUCAAGAAGACGGGGCGCAGGACUGUGCCUAACAUCCUGAUCAACGGAGUCAGCAUUGGCGGCGCCGACGACAUCGUUGCGAUGGACAACGAGGACAAGCUCGUUGCCAAGGUGCGCGAUCUGGGCCAAGCCCGCAUAGAGAUUGGCCCGCGCUUUACCAAGGGCGAGCAUCAGUAA